AUGAUAGGAGGAUCAUCUCAUUUGAAGACCACACGAGAUAGUGCUGCCAACAGUAUCGCGGUUACAAAGAGCAAACAACAAAAUCAACCAUUACAAUCAAAGAAAGUUGAAAAUUUCCUUUAUGCCAGAAAUGGAGACUUAUUAAAGACACUGAACGUUCAAGUCGAGUUUCCGUUGAUCAAAGUAUUGGAUGUGAGCUCCAAUUCUAUUGAUGAUUUAUCAUUUCUUAGCAAGAUGCCAUCUCUUAAGCAUGUGUUUUUGACCUUCAAUUCAUUGUCUAGCUUGAAAAGCAUACCAUCAAUGAAAAGUUUAGAGUCGUUGGCUGUUGGAUUCAACAAGAUUACCGAUUGGGAAGGCUUUCAGAAUGUUCCAAACUUACGAGCAUUAACAGCACCCGAAAAUGGUCUUACGAGCUUUAAACAUGUGCCUAUCCUAAAAGAGCUCGAGAGUUUAGACCUAUCAAAGAAUCCUAUUGUUGAAAUGAACAAAUUUAAAGAGCUCUCAGCAGCUCUUUUUGACAAUCUAAAAGAGCUCAAUAGAGAAAAAUUAUCGGAUGAAUUGCUAAAAUCUGCUGACAUAUACAGAGGAAAGAUUGCCCAAGCAGUUAGAUAUGGCAUGCUGAUCCCCAAUGAUGAAAAGUUUGACGAUAUCAACAAUUUAUUAAUUUACACAGACGAAUGGCUUUUGGAUUUUUACAGAGAUGUUUCCAAAACAACGCCAUUCCAGCUUCUGUCUUACACCUUUGAUCCAAUUCAACCAGUUCAGGGUGUAGAUUGCCGAUUCUAUUGUGUAUUUUUUGUUAAAACAAAAGACGUUACCUCUUUGAAAGCAGAAGGAAUGGGCUUGUUAACACUCAACAAUAUCAAUGGAGAAUGGACAAACAUUUUGUUUGAAGGUUCUUCAUUAUGUAUUAAUAUUGAACAAUAUCAGGGAGACAUAACCUUAUUAGUUCCUAUUGGCUGUUAUUCAUAUAAAUUGACCAAUGCUGCUGCUACUUCGGAGACAUUUACCGUUAACGUGGAACCAAUCAGCUCUGAAUGCAAAGAUCCAGAAUACACCAUUGAUGUAGCGUGGAACAACAAUAAGCACCAUUCCUGCAUUAGACCAUCCAUUGAAGAUAUUGAUGUUAGUAUGAAUGUAUCUCUUCAUUUUAAAUGGCAUAAGGAUGAUUUGUUUGUGAUUCAUCAACAAACUCUUCCUGUUAUAGCCGCCCAUCCAAGUUGCACUGGCCUUGAAAUUAUAGGAUAUUUCAUUGAAGGAAGCACAGUAGAGCCAAAAUACGUCUACAGAGGAGGUGAUGAAGGACAAUCUAAGUUUGAAUGGAGAAGAGUUAAAAUGUUUAUCAAUGAAGAUGACUUACAUGACGUGGAGGUCAUUUCUAGAGAGAAAUGCUACACACUUCAAAGAGAAGAUUAUGGUCAUUUGAUUGUUGUAACAUGCAUUCCAGUAAGAAGUGAUGGAGUUGAGGGCAAACCUGUUUCCUGUGUUUCUCCAACCACAAUUGAUGCGCCUAACCCUCGAAUUACCAAUUUGGCUAUCGGAGAAAUGGUUCAGGAUCAAACGUCAUCAGUUACAUAUGGCUUUGUUGGUGGUGAAGAAGCUGACACUUGCUUUCAAUGGUUUGUAGAAACAAAUGGAGAGUUUGUGAAAGUGAAAAAUGCAACUACAAGAGAGUUCACGCCAGGAAUCAAACAAAUUGGUCAAAUUGUUAAGUGUGUUGUUACUCCUGUAAAUAGUUAUGGAAAAUAUGGAGAACCCUGUGAGAUCAUAUCUAAACCAGUUGCUCCAGCGUCCCCAGUGUUUGCCAAAGUAUCAGUAGAAAGCGACAAUUUUAUUGAAAAUGACAUGAUUUCUAUACAAACUGAAUACUAUGGUGGAUUUGAAGGCGACUCUAUGUUUGAGUUCUUUAGACUUGAAAACGAAGUUGAAGAGAAAAUAGAAAAUGGAAAUUGCAAAGAGUAUCGUGCUGGGUUGGCAGACGUUGGAAAAGUUAUCAAAAUUUUAUGUACACCAGUUAGAAAUGAUGGACGUAAGGGCGAAGUUGUUGAAGUUAAAACUCCCGUUAUUCAAGCUGGAGCUCCAAAAAUUCACGACCCAGUAAUUGUAGGGAAUAUGGAGGUUGGCUCCACUCUGUCAAUAUGUUACCGGUAUGAAGGAGGCGUGGAAGGAGACACCAUUAUUGAAUGGCGAAAAACAAAACCUUUUACAUUGGAAGAACUCACUCGUAGUGACAUUGUAGUGGAAGGUUUAGACUUUGAUAUUGUUAUGGAAGAACAAGAAUUAUCUCAUACUAUCACAGCAGACGACGCUGGUUGCUUCUUUGCAAUUGAAGUCACUCCCGUAAGAAAUGAUAUGGCCAAAGGUGAAGGUUUGAUUCUUUACUCAACCUCACACGUUGCUAUUCCUAAACCAUCAAUGGCAAAUUGUAAAAUAGUUAUGAAUGAGCCAGAGCUCACCGAAGGAUGUAUUUUGAGAGGAAUGGCAGAUUAUUGUUCAGCUAUCGAAGAGAAAGCUAGAAUGCAUAAAUGGUAUAAAAUUGAUGAAACAGGAAUGGAAUCAGAAAUAGAAGGUGCUGAUCAAGAAACAUUCCUUGUACCUGAAACUAUGUUCGAGAAGAAGAUUAAGUACAGUUGCUAUUCCAUAGACAAGUUUGGCCAAAGCACAGAACGUGCAUACAGCGAGCCCACAGGCACUGUGUUGCCUUCUAAACCUUGUAUUACUGGAAUAAGCAUUUUUGGAAUUCUUGAAGAGUUCAGUGCUGUACAUGUCGGAGAAAUUCAAGGAAAAAACGUAGACACACACAACAUCAUAUGCGAUUGGUAUAGGAUCAGACCUGAGGAUCUAAAUUCUGAUGUAAAGGUUGCAAGUGGAGUCAGUAGCUACGACAUCACUACUGCAGACAUCGGUAAUCGUUUAAAAUUAGUAUUUACCCCAAUCCGACCAUUUCCUUACUCACAUGUUAGUGGCCAAAAUUAUGUCCAUAUCACCGACGUCAUUGGGCCUUCAAAGCCUCAUGGUUCAUGCUGCUUAAUGGGCUCAUUUAAGGAAGGUGAGGCUUUUACUGCAUCGUUUAAUUAUACUGGAGGAACUGAAGGACGUUCAACAUACAGAUUGAUGUGUCGUAAUCCUGCCGAUGAUACAAAGUCCAUCAUUUCCGAAGGAACUACAAGCAACAAUGCUGUGUCGUUUGUUUGCAGAAAAGAAGACGUUGGAAAACAAUUUAUUUUAGAAUAUACGCCAAUAAGAGAAGAUGGAAUGGAAGGUGAUAUGGUUUUGUUUACCAGUGAAUUGGUGUUACCUGGAGAGCCUUCAAUUUCCGAGCUGAAUCUUGAAUUUGUAAAAAACAAUAGACGGGUUUUAAUUCCAAUAGAGGAUUGUAUCAUUCGGGCCAGUGGUAAAUACUUCGGCGGAAAUGAGGGAAAAAGUCUUAAACUCUGGAAAAGAGUUGAUAGCGCUCUAUCUCUAACUGAAAUCGUUGGUACAGACUCAAUGGAAUAUCAUAUUUCAAUCAAAGAUAUUGGAAAGCAAAUCCAAUUUGAAUAUACGCCAGUAAGAGAUGAUGACGUAAAGGGAAUUCCCCAAUCCAUCAUGACAGAAACUGUGCAAGGACAUCAUCCAUCUGUUUCAAACGUUUCUUUAUCAGGAAGCCCACGGCUCUGCUCGAAACUCACAGUUGCUGGACAAUAUUACGGUGGUGUUGAAGGGGAUUCAGAGAUAGAAUGGUUUGCAUCACAUUCUAAAUCAGGGCCAUUCAAAAGAAUUCAAGAGUUUGACAACACAAUUGUCAUUGAAGAAAGCUCUUCUACUACUGGCAAAAGCUCCACCAUCACCCUCUCGAUGAAUUGUUUGUUACUAUUCAUCAAGGCUAAGUACACUCCAGUGAGAAGCGAUAAGGUAAUCGGUUCAUCAGUCGAAACCAAUGUGUUGCAGGUCGACAUUAGCCCAGACAUCAAAGAAAAGAUUAUUAAGGCAAUCAUGCAAUGUAGCGCGAUAGAGUUUUGCGAGAAUGGAGUAUUAGAGCUUGGAAACAAACAUAUCAGAUAUGGAGAAGUCAAACCUCAUAUUAAGGAAAAGUGGAGAAGCCAAUCAGCAACAUUGUUAAGUGAAAAUAGCUUCUCUAUUCACUUCGAAAAGGGAGGAGAUCACAUUUUUAACUCCAAACAGGCCCUUUAUUUGGUGCUUUUGGUUAGAAUAUUUAGCUUGUUGUCGUCUUCCAAUGAUUGUGCCAUCUUUUGUGGUGAAAAAUUCCAAAAAGCUUGGAUGAAAGGAAAAGUUGACGGUGUCGUUGAAGAAUGGAAUCAAAUACAAGCAAGUAUGAUGCAAAAAAUAUCAACAGAUCGAGAGGAUGCGAAAGCAUUGAUAGCGCUGUUCAAAUAA